CCUUUCCAUUUCCUCUAUCAUCAACAUACAAUCCAAUCAAAUCAAAUCGCAUUACCAUUUUCUUCAAUACUCACCCAAAAAAAAAUAAAGAAAUUAAUUAAAUUUACAAUUAACUAUGUCGCCGAGAGACAAGGUUAAGGCGGCGGCGGCACCGGGCGGCGGUAAGGACAAGGAGGUGCAUUUUAGAGGGGUGAGGAAGAGGCCAUGGGGAAGAUACGCCGCGGAAAUUAGAGAUCCGGCGAAGAAAACUCGUGUGUGGUUAGGCACAUUUGACACGGCGGAGGAGGCGGCGAGGGCUUACGACGCCGCUGCUCGCCAAUUCCGUGGCGCCAAGGCUAAGACUAAUUUUCCCUUUCCGGCUACCGUCAACGAUCUUAAUCUCAGUCCCAGCCGGAGUAGCACCGUCGAAUCCUCUAGCCGGGACCCCACUGAUUUUGAUCUUAAUCAGGACGCCGCCGGAUCUAGGCCGCCGUUUCCGUUCCACCACCCUCAAUUCGGCGGAGGGAUUUUCCCGCAACCCAAUCAAUUUCACUUCCUGGAUCAUCCCAUUUUUCGAAACGGGAUGAAUUCCGGUGUGAUUUUCGAUCGCCACCGCCUAAAGACGGUCCAGUGCGGCGGAGUUCAAAGUGACUCAGAUUCAUCCUCUGUUAUUAAUCUGAACCAAAAUGACCAGAAAUCAAGACCGGUUCUGGAUCUUGAUCUCAAUUUUCCUCCACCGGACUCCGCUUAGGCUUUGAUUUUCGACGUCCAUGAAUCAACGGAACAUUUCUUUUUAAUUCGCCUUGUAAAUUAAUACACGUGUACUAGUAUAAUACAUAUAUUUCUUUUUCUAGGGAAAAUGAAAGAACGAAAAACAAAGGAGUUUUUUAUAAUGGAUUGGUUCGAUUAUUGAUU